CGAGGGCCGCGGCGCGCACGGACAGACAGACGGCCCGACCGACUGGCGGCCAGUGGGGCAGAAGGGACAGCGCAGGGAGCGGGGACGCGGCGGGACAGAGACAUGGCCGGCCACACGCAGCAGCCGAGCGGGCGCGGGAACCCUGGCCCUGCGCCCUCGCCCUCCACCGGUCCCGGUCCUGGCCCCGGCGCCUCGGAGCGGGUGGCGCUCAAGAAGGAGAUCGGGCUGGUGAGCGCCUGCACCAUCAUCAUCGGGAACAUCAUCGGCUCAGGCAUCUUCAUCUCGCCCAAGGGUGUCCUGGAACACUCAGGCUCCGUGGGCCUGGCCCUCUUCGUUUGGAUCCUGGGUGGGGGUGUCACUGCCCUGGGCUCUCUCUGCUACGCGGAGCUGGGAGUCACCAUCCCCAAGUCCGGCGGAGACUAUGCCUACGUUACCGAGAUCUUCGGGGGCCUGGCUGGCUUCCUGCUGCUCUGGAGCGCCGUCCUCAUCAUGUACCCCACCAGCCUGGCCGUCAUCUCCAUGACCUUCUCCAACUACGUGCUGCAGCCCCUGUUCCCCAGCUGCGUCCCUCCGGCCGCCGCCUCCCGCGUGCUGUCCAUGGCCUGUCUGAUGCUCCUGACCUGGGUGAACAGCUCCAGCGUGCGCUGGGCCACGCGCAUCCAGGACGUCUUCACGGGCGGGAAGCUGCUGGCCCUGUCGCUCAUCAUCGGCGUGGGCUUCAUCCAGAUCUUCCAAGGGCACUUCGAGGAGCUGAGGCCCAGCGCUGCCUUUGCCUUCUGGAUGACGCCCUCCGUGGGGCAUCUGGCUCUGGCCUUCCUCCAGGGCUCCUUUGCCUUCAGCGGCUGGAACUUCCUCAACUACGUCACCGAGGAGCUGGUCGACCCGCGAAAGAACCUACCUCGGGCCAUCUUCAUCUCCAUCCCACUGGUGACCUUCGUGUACACGUUCACCAACAUCGCCUACUUCACUGCCAUGUCCCCACAGGAGCUGCUGUCCUCUAACGCCGUGGCUGUGACCUUCGGGGAGAAGCUGCUGGGCUACUUCUCUUGGGUCAUGCCCGCCUCCGUGGCACUUUCCACUUUCGGAGGGAUCAAUGGCUACCUGUUCACCUCCUCCAGGCUCUGCUUCUCAGGAGCCCGAGAGGGGCACCUGCCCAGCCUGCUGGCCAUGAUCCAUGUCAGACGCUGCACCCCUAUCCCUGCCCUCCUGGUCUGCUGCGGGGCCACAGCCGUCAUCAUGCUUGUGGGAGACACGUACACACUCAUCAACUACGUGUCCUUCAUCAACUACCUCUGCUACGGCGUCACCAUCCUGGGCCUGCUCGUGCUGCGCUGGAGGCGGCCGGCCCUCCACAGGCCCAUCAAGGUGAACCUGCUCGUCCCCGUCACGUACUUGGUCUUCUGGGCGUUUCUGUUGGUCUUCAGCUUCAUCUCGGAGCCCAUGGUCUGUGGGGUCGGAGUCAUCAUCAUCCUCACGGGGGUCCCCAUUUUCUUCCUGGGGGUGUUCUGGAGAAGCAAACCAAAGUGUGUGCACAGACUAACCGAGUCAAUGACACGCUGGGGCCAGGAGCUGUGUUUCGUGGUCUACCCCCAGGGGUCUCCCGAAGAGGAGGAGAACGGCCCCUGCCAGCCCUCCCCACUGCCUGCCACUGACAAGCCCGUAAAGACACAAUGAGACGCUUGCGGAGACUGAAGCAGCCAUUUCUGUUUACAUGUUUAUUGAGGGGGUGUUUUUGAAAUUCAAA